AUGAGCUCCGACUCAGCAGAAAACCACACAGCAGCUUCAGCUGAGCUGUCAAUCAGCAGCAGCAGCCUUAUCUGUCCGCCGCAGGGGCUGAUGGGAGGUCUGAGGACCCGUUAGAAACCACGCGGCCCUCGUCUGAUCUCACAGCUCGUCCUUGUUUGGCCUCUGCUGCAUCAGAGCGCCACUUCUCCCCAGGUUCACCAGAGGAAACACCACUGCACACAAUGCUUUUCCUCCCAGCUGCUGCUCUGUGCUGUCUGUGUUCAGCGCUGGUUGCCAUGGCAGCAGAGCUGAUUCAGGAGGAUUUAACAUUGACCAGGAGAGUUGAUGAAACUGUUUCCUUCAGCUGUCGAGGAACUAACCAGUGUACUGACAGUGAUGUAUACUGGUACCAGAAGAAAGACACAGACACAUUCACAAGGAUCCUUUAUAUUCAGAGGAGUGAUGGUUAUGUAUACUCAGGUUACGAUCAUCCUCAGAAAGAUGAUUUCUCAGCUGUGAAUAAACAGAACGGCUGUGAGCUGAAGAUCCAGAAAGUUAAACUCUCUCAUUCAGCCAUCUACUACUGCGCCUGUUGGAAGGAUGGAUACACAUACUCCUACUUGAUCUUUGGCUCUGGAAUUAAACUGUAUGUAACAGAUGAGGAGGUAGUGAAGCCCGUGGUGAGCGUGUACCCAGCAGCAUCCAGAGAAAACCAGGAGGAGAAGAGAUUCCUGCUGUGUGUGGCUGCGGACAUGUUUCCACCUCUGGUUCAGUUUUCCUGGAAAAGACGAAAGGAGAAUGGUCCUCUGGAGGAGCUGCCCCCUGCUAAGGAGGAGCAGCAGGAGCUCAAAGAGUCGGAAUGCAUUGCCGCCAUUAGAGUGACCGAUCAGAACGCUCUCUACACGUAUGAACACGUCUGUUACGUCCAGCACGAGACGGGCAGAGAAGAGGCCCAACUACAACAAGAGGUUUCUGCAAAGACAUCACCUCCACCAUCACGUCCACCAUCACGUCCACCAUCACGUACACCAUCAUGUCCACCAUCAUGUCCACCAUCACGUCCACCAUCAGUGUCCUUCCAGUCUCAGUGCAGGGUGAAGCUGCUCUCUUUGAUGUACACAGUGCUGAUAGUGAAGAGUCUGGUGUACUGCUGUGGACUCUCUCUGCUGAGGAUCCGCAGAAACAAGGGGCCGUCCACCUGCUGCACACAUGCUGACUGACGUUUUCUGUUGGUUUUUGCUACCAUCAAAUCUCAUCAAUUCAUCUAAUAUAUCUCUUUGAUUUGCAGUCAGAAAAGUUCAGACAUAUUGUGGUUAGUUGUAAAAGAUAUCUUUUAUGCACAGGUUAGAAACAGAAACAUCCUAAAAAUAUAAACACAUAUACAUUGUUGGGAUCACAGGGACCUCACAGAUAAAGGUUGUUAAUUGGUGAAAAUAAGUGAACCAUUAUCAUGUGAGCCAUUGAACUCAAUUAGCUAUCGGCCAACUCUGAGAAGUGUCACCGUCCAGACCCUCUCACCUGUAUUAUGGCACAA